AUGAUCAUACCGUGGCGCCGGCAGUUGUGAAGUGUCGGGAUUGAGGGGAGAGAUGUCCACGGAGAAGACUAAACCGAGACGACUGAGGGGUCACAAGGACACUGCUACAUGCUGUAUCGCUUCAGGCUCCCGACCAGAUGUCGUCGUCACUUCAGGCGAUGAUGGUCGACUUUGCUGGUUUGAUAUGCGAUGCAGAGAAGCCCAGCUGGUUAUGGAUGUCAGCGAGGAACCCAUUUCAUCCAUGUGUUUCAGGCCAGGGAAUGAAGAUAUCAUUUAUGUCUCCUCAGGAAAGGAAGUCAAGUGUUUUGAUGUCAAUCUGGCCACCUCAUGGAAGCCUUUGCAGAGCUAUAAUUACAAUAAAGAGGAUAUAAAUCAGAUUGUAUGCAACUCAAAGUCUUCCUUUCUUGCUGCUGCAGAUGAUAGCGGUGAAGUGAAAAUAAUUGAUAUUCACCAACAAUGCUUGUAUAAAACACUGCGAUCUGGCCAUACAAGCAUUUGCAGCAGUGUGCAAUUUCUUCCUUGGAGAUCUUGGGAAGUUAUCAGUGGAGGUCUUGAUUCUAAGCUUCUAAUGUGGGACUUCUCCAAAGGGCGCUCAUGCGAAGUUAUGGAUUUUGGUUUGCCCGACGUAACAAGUUCUAGCAGCCUUGGCCAGUGUUUAAAUCCUGCUUUCGUUCAUGCAGUGGCUGUUCCAGAGGUUGACAUGCUCGAUAAACUAGACAAGGUAUGUGCUGUUGCAAGGGGUGAUGGUUCUGUAAGUGUGACAAGUAUUGAAUCAGGCCUCGCAGCUCCAAAAUCAAAAGGCUCCUUGAAAACCCGGAAAGGAUCUCAGUCAAAAUCAAAAGAUGGCAGUUCAACUACAAGUGUGGAUGAUCAAGGUGGAAAGAUGCUGCAUCUGGAUUCCUCAAUGGGUGGCCAUUCGGCAGCUGUUUCUUGCGUGGCCUUUUCUUUAUUUGGAGAGAAAGGGAAGUACAUAAUAUCAGGUGGAAACGACUGCUCGGUGAAGUUAUGGAACUGUUCUAGUUAUUUUCAUGCUGGAUCAAGCAGCAGCAAUAGCGAUUUCCUAUAUCUGAACAUCAUUCUGCCUGAAAAAGUCAAUUGGCUGUGCACCCGACCAGCUGAAACGAACAACCUUAUUGUGUGCGACACAUCAAAAGUAGUAAAGGUUUACUCUGUAACAUAGCUAAAUCCAGGAUGAUCAUGGUUCUCCGAAUCUCGGAAGAAAUAAAACUUUGUUGUGACAGUUUGUGACGAUGUUGUACUUAUUCUGAGGAUAGCUUGGUGCUUCCUAACCUGGAGUUAACAUUGCGAGUGCGGCUUAAAUUAUAGGGAUUUUAGUUGGCCUAUUUUUAGCUUACUGCUUAAGGGUUCUCUAGCUGUGUCAAUGAUGUAUAGGAGAUUAUCAGUGAUUGGUGGUUGUCUUGUUUGUACAGGAUAUGAUAGAUGACAAUGAUGAAUUUUUCAGCUUUUAUAUUUAUUUUGCAUUACCUUGUGUACCAAUGACUGAAGAUAUCCUCACGUUGAGGAUUAUUAAGUGCUGUAUUAUGGUUCUUUGCUCCCAUAAUUUGGUUA